AUGAGCAAUUGGAAGACUCUUCUCCUUCGCAUCGGCGAAAAGGGUCCCGAGUACGGGACCUCCUCCGACUACAAAGACCAUAUUGAGACUUGUUUUGGUGUUAUUCGGAGAGAAAUCGAGCGUUCUGGGGACCAAGUUUUGCCUUUUCUACUGCAAUGUGCUGAACAAUUGCCUCAUAAGAUUCCCUUGUAUGGGACUUUGAUUGGUUUGCUGAACUUGGAGAAUGAGGACUUUGUUCAAAAGAUGGUAGAAAAUGUCCAAGCUAAUUUCCAGGUCGCUUUGGAUUCUGGCAACUGCAACAGUAUCCGUAUAUUGCUACGCUUUAUGACUUCACUGUUGUGCAGUAAAGUUAUUCAACCUGCUUCUUUGAUUGUCGUGUUCGAAACAUUAUUGUCAUCUGCUGCCACCACUGUGGAUGAAGAGAAAGGGAAUCCAUCAUGGCAGUCACAAGCUGACUUUUACGUUGUAUGCAUCUUGUCCAGCCUUCCAUGGGGAGGAGCAGAACUCGCUGAGCAAGUACCUGAUGAGAUCGAAAGAGUGCUAGUCGGGAUACAAGCUUAUUUGAGCAUCCGAAAGCAUUCUUCCACCUCUGGUUUAAGUUUUUUUCACAACGGCGAAUCUGAAAAUAAUCUUGCAGAAAAGGAUUUCAUGGAGGACCUAUUGGAUCGAAUACAGUCUCUGGCUUCCAAUGGAUGGAAACUUGAUAGUGUUCCUAGGCCUCAUCUCUCGUUCGAGGCUCAGCUUGUUGCUGGAAAAUUUCAUGAGCUAGGCCCCAUUAAAUGUAUGGAACCACCGAGUCCACCUUCUGAUCUUUCAAGAGCACACCUCGGCAAGCAAAAGCAUGAUGCGUUGAUGAGAUAUCCCCAGAGGAUUCGCAGGUUGAAUAUAUUUCCAGCGAAUAAAACAGAGGAUAUUCAACCUAUCGAUCGCUUUGUCGUGGAGGAGUACCUGCUGGAUGUGCUCCUCUAUUUAAACGGAUGUCGGAAGGAGUGCGCUUCCUACAUGGCUAAUCUUCCAGUUCCUUUUCGGUAUGAGUACCUUAUGGCAGAGACACUAUUUUCUCAGAUACUGCUGCUACCACAGCCACCGUUCAAGACUCUUUAUUAUACUCUCGUUAUUAUGGAUCUUUGCAAGGCUCUUCCCGGUGCCUUUCCUGCUGUUGUUGCUGGCGCUGUUCGUGCACUCUUUGAGAAAAUUUCCGACUUAGAUAUGGAAUCCAGGACACGUCUUAUCCUCUGGUUUUCUCACCAUUUAUCCAACUUCCAAUUCAUCUGGCCGUGGGAAGAGUGGGCUUAUGUGUUGGACCUUCCCAAAUGGGCCCCUAAGCGUGUAUUUGUUCAGGAGGUUUUGCAAAGAGAAGUACGCUUGUCUUACUGGGACAAAAUUAAGCAGAGCAUCGAGAGUGCGAGUGCCCUAGAAGAACUGCUACCUGCAAAAGCUGGUCCGGCUUAUAUAUAUUCCUCGGAAGAGGGUAAAGAGAAAACAGAAGAACAUCAAUUGUCAGCUGAGUUGAACAAGAAGGUCAAGGAAAAACAAUCUGCACGUGACAUGAUGUCAUGGAUUGAAGAAACGAUAUAUCCAGUUCAUGGAUUUGAAGUGACUCUUACAGUAGUUGCACAGACAUUACUUGAGAUCGGAUCAAAAAGUUUCACUCACAUGGUCACUGUCCUGGAGCGAUAUGGCCAAGUAUUUGCAAAGCUUUGUCCUGAUAAUGACAAACAGGUGAUGCUGUUAUCUCAAGUGAGUACAUACUGGAAGAACAAUGCACAAAUGACUGCGGUGGCCAUCGAUAGGAUGAUGGGUUAUAGACUCGUAUCUAAUCAGGCAAUUGUUAGAUGGGUCUUCUCCCCGGAAAACGUUGAUCAGUUCCAUGUGUCUGAUCAGCCAUGGGAGAUACUUGGGAAUGCCCUUAACAAGACUUACAAUCGUAUCACUGAUUUGAGGAAAGAAAUAUCAAACAUUACGAAAAAUGUCUUGGUCGCUGAGAAAGCUUCAGCAAAUGCACGAGCAGAGUUGGAGGCGGCCGAGAGCAAACUUUCCCUAGUGGAGGGUGAGCCUGUUCUUGGUGAGAAUCCGGCAAAGAUGAAGCGUUUAAGAGCAACGGUGGAGAAGACAGGUGAAGCAGAGGUAUCUGUAAGGGAGUCCCGCGAGGCAAAAGAAGCCCUUCUAAACAGAGCUCUCUCUGAAACCGAGGUUCUACUGCUUCAGCUGUACCAAAGCUUCUCAGCAAUCUUGAAGGAACGGCUUCCAGAAGCAACCAAAGCGAGAUCAUUGCAGGAUCUAAAAUCUAUGAGCGCGGAGGAUGAGAGCUCCUCUGCGAUGGAAGUGGACAGUGAGAAUGGAAACCCGAAGAAAAAGAGCGAGAUAGGUGAGAGAGAACAGUGGUGCUUAUCAACACUUGGCUAUCUAACGGCGUUUACAAGACAAUAUGCAGACGAGAUAUGGCCACACAUGGAGAAGUUGGAGUUGGAGGUGUUCUCUGGAGAAGAUGUUCAUCCUCUUUUUCUUGAAGCCGUAUUUUCUGCACUCCAGUUCCCUUCACAAUAA